GCAUCGCACUACAGUGCCAUUUCUUAUGUUUUUAAACCUCCAGCAUAUUACCGCCGCGGAAGCAUCUUAGAGAAUUUACCUUUGAAGAAGUUAGGAGAGAGAAGAUGAAGCUCAAGGUGUACGCCGAUCGAUUGUCGCAACCGUCACGGGCGAUCAUAAUCUUCUGCAAGAUAAAUGGAAUUGAUUUUGAGGAGGUGAGCGUAGAUCUCGUUAAGGGCGAGCAUAAAUUACCGGAAUACAAAGAUAUAAAUCCCAUGGCACAGGUUCCAGCAAUAGUUGAUGAAAGGCUUAAACUAUCUGAAAGUCAUGCAAUCCUGAGGUACAUUGCUGAGACAUCCCCAGGAGUUGCUGACCACUGGUAUCCAGCUGAUCCUUCCAGUAGAGCCAAAGUUAACUCUAUUUUGGACUGGCAUCAUUCAAACCUUCGUCUGGGUUCAGUUACCUUUGUUAUGAACACUGUACUAGCACCAAUAUUUGGACGAACAUUGAAUCCUCAAGCUUCAACGGAAGCUGAGAAACUUCUGUCAUCUUCUUUUUCAAAUAUUGAAUUCAUGUGGCUCAGUGGAGAUGCAAAUUUCUUAUUGGGAAAUCCUCAUCCAUCCAUUGCUGAUCUUAGCCUUGUCUGUGAAAUUAUGCAAUCUGAGCUUUGGCACGACAAAGAUCGUGAGAGAAUCCUUGAACCUCACCCAAAGAUAUUGCAGUGGGUAGAAAAUGUGAAGAAGGCUACUAAUCCAUAUUUUCAGGAUGUUCACACCGCGCUUUACAAAGCGAAGGAAAUGUUGAAGGCAAAGCAGAGUAAAAGUCCUUAAAGCCGUUGAAAUAGGUUAAAAUGUUGCUUCUAUGGAACUUUGGUGCAAUAAUAAAUUAUAGACAGGUAUGAAUCUACAGUUGUAGGUUCUGUUGUUCUGUGUACUGUUAACUCAUGCGACGCAUAACUAAUUUUUAUUUUCAGACAUU